GGUUUUUUGGUUUUGAUAUAGGUAUUUCUGUAACAUCUAUUAUCACUCUGGUAGCUGGAUGAUAUAGCUUAAAUAAAUCUGGCAUAUAAUCAUAACUAGUAACUGACUAGGCCAAAUAUCUAUUUUUAUAUAAAACUGUGAUUUCCAUUAUUAUUACAACGGAUUUCCGCCCAGCGAGGCAUUUUUGGAGAAAGAAUUAAUGUUUUAUCUUGUUUUGUAAUAAUGAAGUAGGGGAUUUGACGUUUGUUUACAUUUGUUAUGAAUCAUGCGAUGCCAUCGCCACUAGCGGCAAAGUUUGGCAGUUUUCUCCUCCAUUGCCAAGUGCCACAACAUAUUAUUGCACUAUGUAGAGUGAUAGCCUGUGGCACUGCGUAUCGGACCAUAGCUAUGCUAUAUACUUGGACUGUGAUAUGUCAAUUGCCAAAAGCGUUCGCUUAAAGAAUUUGAAACGUCUGUCAACUUUGUUGUUUUGUUUACUCCAAAGACCGAAACAUUCUGAAUAAAUAAUAUUAAAUAAUGGAGGUGAUGACUGAUGACCAAUUGACAAUAUAGUAUUUUGUAAUAAAAUUCAAAUAUUUUGUCGUAAUUAAACUUAAUUUGUAACCAACAGAAUUCUGAGUGAACCUUACAUAUACGAAAAAAACAAUACAAUUAAUUAAGACAAUGAGAUUGUAGAAGACAAAUAUGAUCAUAUAACGCAGAAUUUUCAGCUUGUUUUUCAUAUAUCAACAAUAUGACUCGGAACCCUCGCCAUGUAUCGUAUGAGCAAAUUAAAGCAGUAGUUGAAUUUAUGGGACGGCACGUAGAUUUAGCAAGCGGUUCGCUACGCACACUCCAAGAUCGACAUUUGAAUAGAAAACUCUGGAAUGAGCUUUCGAAUAUCGUAAAUAAUAUGCAAACUGGUACCAAGAAGACAGCAGAUGGUUGGAGAAAGUACUGGAAUGAUUUCAAGAAUAAGCUUAAAAGAAAGGUGAUUUUAAUAAAUCGUAAAUAUUCAAGCUAUAGACCUAAUUUAAAGCCACUGAAUAAGCUGGAGAGACAAAUAUUGGAAAUUUUAGGACCUGACUUUGCCAAGGCAGGGUAUCAUUCAGAAAAACAUAGGGCCAUAAAUCACCGUCUACCAAAAGUUAAGUUGGAAGAACACAAUUUUGAGAUAGGUGGCAAUGUUAAUGAAUCCAGUGACAAAUUAAGUGAUAGUGAAAAAAAUGAAAGUGAGGCAGGUGAGAGUGCUGAUGAAGUAUCUGAGCCUGACAACAAUAUGAUGCAACUACAAAAUAUAUAUCCAAAGUGGUUAAUAGAAAUAGAAAAAAAGAGGACAGACAUUGAUUUAAGAAGAGCAAAAGCUGAAGAAAAACAGGCUGACAUUGCAGCUCAAAAUGCAGAAACAGCUAGAAGCCAAGUGGAAGCCUUAAGAAAGCUUACUGAUGCUGUAUCUGCACAAGCAGAAGCCAUUUUAAGAAUUGCUUCUGUAUUAGAAAGUAAAAUUCACCCUAUUGAGGAUGCUCUUGCUUUGUGAAAAUGUAUUUUAGAUAGAUAUAGCUUAAGUUCAGAGAUGCAUCUGCCACACAUUUUUAACUAGCAUGUGCAUAAUUUUUUA